AUGGAUUCAUAUUUAUUAGCUAUGAGAUAUGAAUUACUUCAAUGUUUUGUACUCAGACUAUACUUUUCAGGUAGAUUAGUUUAAAUCUUAAGACAAUGUGAAACAUAUGAAAUCUCUUUUGUAUUACAUCAUCAUUUUGCUUAAAAAUACAUACCUUGUUCUAUAUCGAGAUCGAUACUAUCAAAAAUCAAAAAAAUCAUCCUGACUAUCUAUUUAAGUGUUCUUAGUUGUGGGUCUAUCUAUUUUUAUUUCCCUUUUCAAUUCCUUUUAUAGUUUACCAUUUAAAUAAGUAUUUUUCUAACUGGAAAUUACAUUAUUUUUUAAUCUAUAAUCAAUUAUAUUAACUAUGAUUGGUUUUAGAUGAUUACUUCAUCUAUAAAUAUAUCCACCUUCAAAUUAAAACUUUUAUAGAUAUGCUAAAAACUAUUGAACAUUUUAAUUCCUUAUCAAACCAUUAUGCAAGCUAAAAAACUACAAUUUAUUAUCAUAAAUAUUGGAGAUUACUUUCAUAGUUAAAAUAAAAAAAUAAUUUAAGAUAUUUACUUCUUUUUUAACUUAAAUUUUUACUUUUUUUUUAAAUAUUUCAACCUCCAAAAGAAAUAGCCAUUUUGA